CUUCAGAGUUUCAUCUUGUUUCUUCUUCACAGUUUAACGCUUCUCUGUGCUUGUGAAGAUACUACGUUGUUUCCUCCUUUGAUCUGCUUUCAUUCACAAAGAGAGAAGAGCACACACAAGACAAGACAAGAGAUGUUGGAUAUCAAUCUGUUUCGAGAAGAGAAGGGGAACGACCCGGAGAUCAUCCGUGAAUCACAACGCCGGAUUGCCGGCGUUAAUCUCGUCGAUGAGGUCAUCAACCUCGACAAAGAGUGGUUUUGUUUGAUUUUUAAUGAUGUUUUGUUUGUUUAUUUGGAAUAGGAAGCUGAGAAGAAGAAACAAGUCGCUGCUGACAAGGAAAAGGAAGUUGGUGAUGCUUAUAAAAAGCUCAAAGAAAAAUUGAAGGAAGUUGGAAAUGGAGGGAGAGGCUACUUCCUGAGAGGAUAUGGUGUGCUACUCAACCAAGCUCUUAUCAACUUCGGGCUAGCCUUGUUGACGAAUAAGGAGAAGAAGGAGUUCACAUUGCUGCAACCUCCUUUUUUCAUGAGGAAGGAUGUCAUGGCCAAGUGCGCACAGUUGGAAGAUUUUGAUAACGAACUUUACAAGGUAACUGGUAAAAAAGAUGACAAAGACCUUGAUAAGGUAACUGGUAAAAAAGAGGAAACAUACCUGAUUGCAACUGCUGAGCAACCUCUUUGUGCAUACCAUAUGGACGAAUGGAUCCAUCCCAGCGAGCUUCCCAAAAGAUAUGCUGGUUACUCGACCUGCUUCAGAACAGAAGCUGGUUCCCAUGGAAGAGACCAGCUUGGCAUUUUCCGUGUUCAUCAGUUUGAGAAAAUCGAACAGCUUUGCAUCACCAGUCCUAACGGGAAUGAAUCUUGGGAAAUGCUCGAGGAGAUGAUGAACAACUCUGAAGAGUUUUACCAAGCGCUAAAACUUCCAUACCGAGUGGUAGAGAUUGUCUCUGGAGCAUUGAACGAUGCAGCUGCUAAAAAGUAUGAUUUGGAAGGUUGGUUUCCUGCGUCUGGUACUUACAGAGAGCUUGUGUCAUGUUCCAACUGCACUGACUACCAAGCUAGAAGGCUUGAGAUCAGAUACGAUCGUAAGAAUAGCAAUGAGGAGGAGAAGCAGUAUGUGCGAGAGGAUGGUGUGGAGAUCCCUGAGGCUUUGCAGCCGUUUAUGCGCGGAGUAACGUUUUUACCUUUCAAGAAGACUAAGUCUGUAGUUGCCGAGACCAAAGAGCCAAAGGUCUAAAGCUUAAUUGACAGUAGAUAUUAUCUGUGUGUUUUUUUUCUUUAGAUCCUGUGG